CAAAGCGCGUAGGGUGCCGCAUCUCGCAUUUUUAACUUAAAUUAACGCGUAAAAUAUACACACAGUGAGAAGAAUCUUGUGUAUAGUGGACACUAUAAGCAAAUAAAAGAGUACCUACUAUGAACUACGGUGUUGGUGAAUGAACAAAAAGAGCGGGGAAAAUCAGUGCCAGUGACGAUAUUAUAUUGCUAUUUAUAGACGGUCCUAUAGAGUGAUCGUGUUUACUAGCUCAAUAACGUGUCGUGUUUCGUAUUAAGGAUUCCAAUUGGACUUUAUCGGCGGGAAUAUCAAUGUUUGUACUCUAUUCUUUUGUUGCUUUUUAAUUAUUGCAUAGAAAAACGAGCCGCCGAAACUAGUUUGACAGCUCACAGAUACACACAUGCAAAAGAUUUGUUCGCGCAUGUGUGCACGAAUCGAGCAGUGAUGUGAAAUACUCGGGCUUAUCGAUUAGCUAGAUAAUUUCAAGGUCACUCUGUACCUAGAUAUAAAGGUCCCGUUUUAUAAAAAUACAAUUAGAAUGGUCGAGUAUUGUUGAAGUUGAAUCAUAAAUAAUACAAGACUAAUUGAUGAUUUAUAAUAAAUGAUAAAAUGGAUUCUGCUCCGAUGAAUUUAAAAGAUAAUGAAGAUGCGAUGCGCAGUGCAUCAACUUCGAGCUCAAACCAACUUUUUAUGUCUGAAAGCUUAGAUUUACCAGAUGAUACGUUCCGUAUGAGCUUAGACUGCAUAUCGGCUAUUGGAGAAAAUGUUACAAUAGGAGAAAGAGAUCCAUCUAUUGAUAAUAUAACAAAUAAUAUGGUUACUGAACCUUUCACUCCCUGCAAUACACCUUUGGAGGAGAUAGAUACUACUUUGACACCAGCAAAAAUAAAGUCGCCGCCUAUUAAGGUUGAUACUCCUCAACGCUCUGACGAUUCAAACCCAAGUGGUUCGAAGUCGCACAAUUCACUACCGUUAUCACUACCCAAAGUUACUAUAGACGAUGGGUUUCUAAGACUGUCGCCGGAAAGAGAUUUAGCUGAUGAUAAUGUAACAGACAAUAUGAUUAUUGAAACGGAAACUCCUUGUAAUACACCUCUCGAGCUUGAGACGAUUCUGACACCAUCAAAAACUAUGUCGCCGCCUAUUAAUAUUGAAACUCCUAAAUGGUCUGACGAAUUAAAGCAAAGUGCUAUAGAUGACGGAUUUUUUAAAACGUCUGCAAAAAGAGAUGUUUCUAACGAUAAUGUAACUGAACCGGAAACUCCUUGUCAUGAACCUCUCGAGGCUGAAAAUACUCUGACACCAACAAAAACAAUGUCGCCACCUAUUAAUUUUGAUACUCCUAAACGCUCUGACGAUUCUAAACAAUAUGCUUCCAAGUCGCGAAACUUACUGCCGCUAUCACUACCCAAAGAUUCCAAAGAUGACGGAUUUGGUAAACAGUCUUUAGAAAUAAUGUCUAAUGAUAAUAUAACAAACAAUAUGGUUACUGAACCACUUACUCCUUGCAAUACACCUCUUGAGGUCGAAGCGAAUGUGACACCAACAAGAACGAUGUCCCCGCCUGUAAACGUUGAUACUCCUAAAAGCUCUGACGAUUCAAAAGGAAGUGAUUUCAAGCCGCACAAUUUACUAAAGCUAUCGCUAACCAAAAAUAUAGAUGACAGAUUUGUAAAACCGUCUCCGGUCGCAGACCUCAUGUCUCCAGCAAAAAUGUUACAAUUUGAAAUUGAUAUAGCGAAUAGUUCUACUCCAACGAUGAAGAGAGCCGCUAUAGACUUUAACUUUUUCAAUGAAAACAGCUUUGAAGAGUAUUUCGUUGAUGUACCACAAGUCAAAGAAAUAAAGGCAGAUACAGACACAAAAGUUUAUAAAGAAACGCCGGUUAUCGUGAAAGCUAGCACCGUUCGACAUGAAAUAGGAUAUGUUAAUCUAAACGGCGCUUCUAAAGUGGACAUAUCACAUUUCGACUUGCUCAAAGUCCUUGGCACUGGAGCAUACGGCAAAGUAUUCCUAGUUAGAAAAAGAUGCGGUAUCGACGAGGGCAAGCUUUACGCGAUGAAGGUUCUCAAGAAAGCGUCAAUAGUUCAAAAACUGAAGACGGCCGAGCACACGCGGACAGAAAGACAAGUCCUCGAGGCAGUGAGGGCGUGUCCAUUCUUAGUGACACUUCACUACGCCUUCCAGACUGACGCCAAGUUGCAUCUAAUACUUGAUUACGUAGCGGGUGGUGAGCUCUUUACGCAUCUGUACCAGCGGGAGCACUUCCACGAGAACGAAGUUCGGAUAUACAUAGCUGAGAUCAUACUGGCCUUGGAGCAGUUACAUAAGCUCGGCAUUAUCUACCGUGACAUCAAGCUUGAGAACAUCCUGCUGGACGCUGAAGGUCACAUAGUCCUGACGGACUUCGGUCUCUCCAAGGAGUUCUGCGGCGGUGAGAGCCGCGCUUACAGCUUCUGUGGUACCAUCGAGUAUAUGGCGCCGGAAGUGGUCAGGAGUGGCAGUCAAGGGCACGAUAUUGCGGUUGACUGGUGGUCGGUCGGCGUCCUAACGUACGAACUGCUGACCGGAGCCUCCCCUUUCACGGUAGAGGGCGAGAAGAACACCCAGCAGGAGAUCACCAAGCGCAUAGUGCGGUGCAGUUACCCCGUUCCGAACGAUGUCAGUCCGAGAGUUCAGGACUUCAUUAAAAGAUUGUUAGUCAAAGACCCUCGGCGUCGCCUGGGCGGUGGUGCUGAGGACGCUGAAGAACUAAAGAAUCAUCUGUUUUUCGAGAACCUGGACUGGGAGGCGGUGUCCCGCCGGGAAGUUCCAGCGCCGUUCAUACCGCAGCUGUCGCACGCCGCGGACACGUGCAACUUCGCCGACGAGUUCACGAGGAUGCCGCCCACGGACUCGCCCGCCCAGGCGCCCAAGCACCACGACAAACUGUUCCUCGGAUAUUCAUACGUAGCACCUAGUAUACUCUUCUCGGAGAACAUAAUCUCUGAUCAGAUUUGGAUGCAGGCGACGGGACAGAAACACGAAAAAUUAAAAGGAUGGGUUGCCAAGGAUUCACCGUUUUUCCAAAAGUACGCUGUGGAUUUAGGUACGCCCCUAUUGGGUGAUGGGUCUUACGCUGUAUGCCGGAAAUGUAUACUCCGGCAGACCGGAAAGGAGUAUGCUGUUAAGAUAAUAUCAUCACAGAAGAAGGACGUCAAACAAGAAAUAGAAUUAUUAAAAGCCUGCCAAGGCUGCCCGUUUAUCAUCACUCUGCACGAAGUUUUCUACGAUUCGGCAUUUACAUACAUAGUUACUGAAUUAGCGUCAGGCGGAGAGCUCUCCUCGAUACUAGGAAAUGCCGGAGAGAGGGUCGCACGGCGGUUAUUAGUGCAACUAGCUUUCGCCGUGCGGCAUAUGCAUGCGAGGAACGUAGUGCAUAGAGACCUUAAACCUGAGAACAUUCUCCUAAGCAGUUGCAGGUUGAACGAAGCUAAAGUGAAGGUCGUGGACUUCGGCUUUGCUCGGCGGAUGCCCGAUUGCGUGGACGACCGUCAGCGAAUGAUGACCCCGUGUUUCAGUUUGCCGUACGCAGCGCCAGAAGUUGUUUCAUGUAUCCGAGGAGGUUCCGCCGCUUCGGGCUACGGUUCCGGCUGCGACCUUUGGAGUCUUGGAGUUAUUUUUUACUGUCUACUCUGCGGGAAGGCACCAUUCCAGCCGUCGACAAAAAAGGAGCCCGUCACAGCAUUCAUGGAUAGGAUAAGAAGCGGUAGUUUCUCUUUGGAAGGUCAAGUGUGGGACGGUAUAUCCUGCGAGAGCAAGCGUAUAGUGUCCGGUCUUCUGGCGGUGGAGCCGUCGGAGAGGCUGACGGUUUCCGAGCUCCUGCUGGAAUUGGGCGUCAGCUGUUCCGCCGCUAACAGCUUUAAACUUGAGGACAUGACAAAAGCGGAUCUCUAUAAGCGGCGUAGCAAAAACAAGCAGCGCAAAUCAUGCACAUCCGAACCCGGCACCUCGACACAAAACGACCUACCCAUGGACACGGACGAGUCGAAAGAGGCAUCCCUAAUAGAGACCAUAAACAAUUUGAAGAAUAGAAUGAACAAAAACUCUAUAGAGAAUGACGUGGAACUUAUUAAAGCUAACACCUUGGAUACUCCGAAUAAUGAGCACCCGGAGUCAAGUUUCGACGAUAGCGAUGAAGUACCUUCAGUCAAGCCCGUAGAAAAGACAUACGCGAAAUCUAGGUCUAAAUUGGACGAGUAUAUUUAUAUAGAAAGCAGUCAGGGCUUGGAAGGAACGGAAAUAGCGUUCCCCAAAACUAGUAGAACUAAAAAGGAGCAAUCUCCCGUGCCGCGGAAACGUAGGAAAAUGGAUACGCGAUCGUCGAAAAAGGUUAACGGCGCCACAAGUCCCAAACAGUUAAGCAGUAAAACGCCUGACAAACGCGGUAGGGGACGACCCAGGAAGGUCCCGAAAAUAGACACAGAGAAACCUACUAGAGCAACCAAAGAAUCUAUAGAGAACGACAAAACGUUAGUCACCAGAACCACCAGGAAACGUAGGUACGAGGAAACCGUCGUCGACAAACCGGUUUUACGCGAGAAAGGUCAAAACGGUCGACGGUCGAAAAGUAGCGGUGAAACUAGGAAAGUCGUUAAAGCGAAACGAAAUAUACCACCAUUGAAAUUAGAGAAAAUAGAGACGGAAGAAUCGCAAAACGUUAGAAUGACCCGCUCUAGAAGUAGGCGGUUAGAAAUCAGUCUAUCUCCCUCCGAAGUGAAGAGUGUUAUACCUGCUUUCUCUUUCGAAUCGGACCGUCGUGUCAAUUCUGUUGACUCGACGCGUUCAAAAACAUCGAAUACCAAAGCUAAACGUAACAAACGAAAAGCUAAACCCAAGCAAAGUAAAGCGAAAAAGACGCCCGUACGCAGCGUACGAACACGUGCGACGCGCAGGUGAAACGUCCUAACUUAACUAUAGCUCCGACAUUUUUAUAGAACUUUGUAAAGUCCCGACUAACUAACGCCCUCUGUUAUCCUCAUUAGAUACAGUACGCGGCGCGAAAGUUUAAAUAUCGAAAGCUUUGCAUUUUUCGGUUUGUUUUGAUUGUGUGCUUUAAACGCUAUGUGUAAUGGUCCACAGAUUAUACAUCAAUGUUAAAAGUGAAUUCGAAAUAACGGUGCUAAAUCUGUUUGACAAAAAUCUCUGAAAGAAACUUAUUUUCAGAUGUACAUGACUGCUAUCCUUUUCUUCAUAGAACACAAAGAAAAGAAUACAUCUACUUUCAGACCUAACAGUUUUGUAAAGAAAUUUGUGUACACCAGAAUUAGCACCGAUGGAUUUGUUUGUAUUUAGCACCAAACAAAAAUCCGUUACGUUACUCCUCAAAUAAUACCUUUGCAGCUGAAUCUAAUAUUGUGUAGUCAGUAGAGUCUAAAAAACUUUCGCGACGGGAUCUGUAUCCUUUAUAUCCUGUGACAUCAUCUGGCAACUAUAAAAAACAACCAAUAUGGCGUCACAGUAUUUAUAAACCUCGACAAAUUCCAAAUAAAACGAGACAGAUAGUGAUUCAGUAAUACAUAUUACAUAUAAUUAAUAUUUAAAAAAACAAAAUGGACGCUUGCUCAUGCAUAUUAUACAUAUAAAUAAAUAAUAGUAAAAUGGAAAAAAAGAAAUUAUUUAUUCAAAAGAGUAAGUUAUAUUUCCUCUAGUUAGCUGCCUUAAUGUAGUUCGAAAUUAAUUAAUUAAAUUAACUAGCAUCGCGUCCUUCUUUGAGAUGGUUGUUGUGAUGCGAUGCGAUCGUUUAAAUAAAUAACAAAUCCAAAAUGGCGGAUGU